AUGAGGUCUCGUUAUAUUCUUGUGUUACUUGUAUUGUGUCUAUUGAACCAAACAUACGGUAAAGACUUACAAAGUGUACCUCUGUUUCAAAGAGUCGGGGCUUUGAAGGUGCAAAUCGAACAGUGUGAACCACGAGGGACCAUCGACCUAACGCGCUGCCCAAUCAACCUCCAAAGAGACGAAUAUCUAAAGAUAUAUCAAGACCAAUGUCUACAGUUUAAAAUCAAUGAUAAAAACCAUCAUACUCAAGCCAGUGACUAUUGUCGCAAUACAGGAGGACAGCUGCUCACAGUUAAAGACCAGUUUAAAGAAGCUUUUGUAGUCGGAGCUCUAAGCUCUUAUAAUUUCUAUGGUAAUGUAUGGCUGGGAUUGAGUGACGCAGUGAAAGAAGGCGAAUACAGAUGGGUGACGGGUGAGGUGUCCAGCUACUUUCACUGGGCGCUUGGACAACCAACACCGAUCCUGUCGGCCGUGGAGGAUUGUGUGCUUUUGAAGAUGCCCGGGGGUCAGUGGUACGACCAGGGUUGUGACCUACCUCUCGAUAAUUUCCCCUGGAUUUGUGAAUAUCCUUUACGAGAACUACCAACCACUCAAACUAAAACGCAAUCUACAAGGCAGUCGACAACGACACAAACAACAACUAAAGCAACAGUCAAACCAACUACCAAACCAACAACCAAACCAACUACCAAACCAACAACCAAACCAACAACCAAACCAACAACCAAACCAACUACCAAUGCCACUAAGCAACCAAUUGCCAAGUCGACGACGUCGAUUGCAACAUCUGGAGAAACGGACACUUGGAGGACGUAUCGUAGACCACAUUGA